AAAAAGACUUUCACUGAGAGCCAAGUGUGAAAGAGGGCAACUAAACGGGACAGUUUUAUCAACUUAUCAAGUGAACCUGUGGUGUGAACCGUCACAGAUGAUUUUAAUAGAUACUUUAAUUACUUUUUCUCUUCAUGAAAGUUGCUCGACUCAACAGGCAGUUGCAGAAAGUGAGCUGGUGCCAUUAAAAUCUACUGCGUUCAGCUACGUCUCUGCUCAGGAUGAACGGAACGUUUUUUAACCACACGGUUUUUACGCAAGGCGUUCUGCUGAAUCGCAGUCAGGAGCUCGCGGGGACGCUGGUCGACUGCUGCACAGGGAACGGGAGCGAGGUGACCGCAAACGAUGGCGGAGGCUCUUUGGUUCUCGCCCAAGACGAGCGCAAACUGUUCGUUACGCGCGUGGUGCAGAUCGCGGUGCUCUGCGUGCUUUCGCUCACGGUGAUGUUCGGGAUCUUCUUUCUCGGCUGCAACCUCAUGAUCAAGUCCGAAAGUAUGAUUAACUUCCUGGUUAAGGACCGGAGAUCAUCCAAAGACGUCGAGGCGGUGAUGAUAGGACUGAGUUAGCCGCGGGUCACACCUGUUAAUAACCGGGCGGAAUAAGGCGCGAGUGGCACCUGUUUUUCCACAGGCUGGGAUGCAGGAAAAUAUGCAACUUACACUUUCACUCCCCUUCUGUUCUGGGAAGACAAAUCCGAUGUGGACGAGAGGUUCCUAAAGUAAAUAAGACAGAGGAAAAAGUUGCACGUUUACGAAACGAGAAUGUAUUCGUCCAUGUUUACGUAGCUUUUUGUAUUUGAGGUAGUUUUUUCUUGUGCUUUUUUACAGUGCAGUGUUUACACGUUUUUACCUUUUACCUGAUAAAAACGCAAAGUAUGUAUUUAUUGUAUUUUGUUUGUAAAAAAAAAAAAAAGUGCAAAUCAUGACUCAGAUUCAGGAUUUUUGUCUCGCGACUUGUAGCUAGUUUGGCGAAACAAUUUUAGAUUUAUCAAAAAGUUUUAACCACAUUUUAAAAAAUGUAUUUGUUCACCUAAGUUUUAUCGACUCUCCUGCACAAUCAUAAUGUCAUAUAUAAUGGAAAGCGCAUGAGCAAUUUGGUGUUAGCGAGCUAAUUUCUGGCUCUAAAUUUUUUUAAUCAAAACGCAAAUCAUUUUCUCAGUUUAUAUGCUUUAUAGGUGCAACAUUCAUCACCGUAGAAAGCCCAAAGUGUAUCAUCGAUACACUCUUAAAAACAAAGUUGAACCAAAGAGGUUUUCACAGUGAUGCUAUACUAAAAUGACAAUGAAAAGAUGAAAAAUUAUUUUAAAAACACUUUUUUUUUUCUUCUAAUGAUUGUUAAUUAAAAAAAAAAAAA